AACAUUUAACAAUUUAAUAAAAACAUGUUAGUGAAGAUGAUAACUGAACGCCAUUCAAUAUUUUGGCCCUAGGCCGUUGCAUUUAUUCGAAAGGAUUUCCCAGACACAAAUUAAGCAAAAUAAUAUACCAUUUUUUGUAAAAGUUUCAUUUUUUAAGUUCGUCUCCUGCGUUAUAAUUUCCAUAUGCACAGAGAAUCUAGCUAUCGUAGUUACGUAAGAUUAACCAAAUCCAAAGAACAUCAUUAAACAUAAUCACAUAGAGUACCGUACGUUUCCUAUGGUACAAACACACCUUUAAUGUAGCCUGCGCUUAUAGCUGAAAGGUCAACUUCUUAGAACGAAAGUAGUCGCUAGAAUAUUUAUUUGGAUAAAACCUUAUUAUCAGCAGAAAGAUAGCGGUAAGGUCAACUGCGCACCCAGCUUGUCAAUGAUCACGAAAAUACCUCAUCUAUAAAAGGUACGAUUGAAGAAAGGAAUACAGCCUUAUCCAUUAACUACCGCAUGUCGCUGCCUUCAGCCGGUUUUUCAGAGCCCUCAGUUUGAAAUUGUUGGCGCCACUAUCCAUCCUUCGCUCUGCGACGCGUCCGGGCCGUUCGAACAAACAGACUUUGGCGCUGCCUGUGCUCGAUCCGUUAGAAUGGUGUCAUUUAGUUAAUAGUGCUCCUAUGACUUGUUUUUAUGUUCAUUUCAUCAAAUGAGACUGUAUAUGUCUCUGUGAUCGACUGGAAGGUGGCUUAAAGCUUGACUAUUCGCCGGUUCUGGAUCGUUUCAGCAAAAUGUUGUACGACAUGUUGUCAAGCCAUGAGGAUACGUUCAUGUUUGACUCAACUUUGCUUAUAAAAGUUCAGGACGAGAUCCACAGAAAUACCCGGUUACGUCUUCAAGUGCGUCGGAGCUCGACGGGGACAGGAAUUGCAUCGUUCUUUGGAGCCUGUGACGGCGUUCACAUCCAGCUGUUCGAUGAGAGUGAUCCGUACAUCUUUUAUUCAGUUCAAAUUACUGACGAUGUCUUUCAGAGGUUAAAAACUCAGCAACAUCUGUUGAUCGACUUCGCAAGCUUUCCACAGCGGCUGGUAGAACUUUUGCAGAUGUGCGCUGGCGAGGAUACCGUCGCUACACCUAGGUAUCAAUGUGAACUGCAAGUAGAGCGGACUCCGCGGACUGGGCAGUUACAUAUUACUGAAACAAAUGGGUUUAAGAAACUCGUGCACCUCAGCGUUCAACUUUCCCAAGCUGAUGAAGCGCAAGUGCGAAAGAGCAUGGUUUCUAGACUGGCUCGACUUAAGAAUGAAAAAGAACGUUUAGAAGCAUCGUUAAAAGCCGCUGAAGCAAAGUUAGUGGAAAAACAGAGCCUUUACGAACGCCAAUUGGAAAGUCAACGUUCACAUAUUGAGAAAAUGAAGGUUGACUUUGAAAGAGAUAUGCAACAACUACGGGACCGCUUUGAGACGGAAUUGCGUAGAGAUAAAGAUGGUAUUCAGCGGGAAAUGAGCGAACGGGUGCAGCUAAUGUGUUUAGAAAAGUCCGAUAUAGAAGCGACCCUCAAGGAACGCGUGCGCUGUCUCGAGAAUGAGCUUCAGAGUGGUCAAAUACAGCAAGCUACUAUGGAAACACACAUCAGAGAGGCUCAAGCCGAGGCCCACCAAGCACAGGUUCGACUUACUCAGGAAAAAGAAACAUGCAGAAUGCUACAGGAACGGCUGGAUUUGAUGAUGCGAAAUGAUUCGACUGAGGAAAAUAGCGAGCUGCGCAUGAAACUCGCGCAGUUGAAGGUUGAUCUCGAAGCCAUGAAGACGGAUCUCUGCAAAGCCAAAAUGGAGAAAAGGUGUCUUGAAGAAAGUCUGGAACAUAAACAAGGCCAGGUUGAGAGGCGAGAAGCCGGAAUAAAGACGAUGUCGGAUGACAUUCUCAAGGCAAACGAUAUUAUUCAGAAGCUCCAAACCGAAAUAAAGACAUAUCAUUCUAAGUUGAAGGUUCGGUCCGACGUGAUCAUGAAGCAGGAGGAGGUUAUCGAGUCCAAAGAUAGGGAGCUCAAAGCACUGAAAGAUCGGAUCAACGCAGGCGUCGACCUCAACAACAAGGAGAACGAGAGCAGAGUUCAGCAUCUUGAAAAACAAGUGGCUCACAAGGACAGUGUGAUUCAAUGGUUGAACAAAAAACUCAAUGAACUGCAAGGCCAUAAGGUCGAUACACCAUUCUUAAAAGUACCAAGCCCGCUAGCUGAUCAUAACCAGGGAGGUUUUGGAAGACAUGUUGGAAAUCGAUCGAACGGUGUUGAACGACGUCAACAAUAACAUUUCAACCAAUCAGGUGUCCGCGAACUAAACUACCUACAUCAUUACAUCCACUUCUGCUUAGGCGGAUUCAGAAUUCAGCGUUCGAGGAGAACAUAUAUGACUCCAAGCCCAUGGCAAAGCACUGCGACUCAGUCACUCUGGAUUACUCUGUUCUUAUAAUUCUAUCCGUACGUCACGUAUUGUUAACUCGGCAGCUAUCUAUGCAAGUGUUUUACACACGCAUUUAUGUAUAUAUACAUAUAUAUAUAUAUAUAUAUAUAUAUAUAUAUAUAUAUAUAUAUAUAUAUAUAUAUAUUUAAGGAAUAAGGUGAAUCUCCUAGAUUCUUACACGACCGUAUACAGGAUUUAGGUAUUUCAUGUAUAUGUAUAUAGUUGUGUUACAAGUCAUAUCAUGACGAUUAUGGUUUCAAAGUAGAAACCCAAGGGAAAAUAAAUAUGUAAACCUGAUAUGUACCAGUUUCCUUUGCUCGCUUAUUUCAUAAUGAAUCUGCGUGCAGGGCAAUAUUGAAAAACAUGGAUCACUGGUGUACCGACAGGAAGAAACUGGGCAAGCCAAGUCCCGUAUUGACUUUUUUGGGUGUUUUUUUUUGCAAACAAACAAAAGCUCGAAAUUUUUCAAAUCAGAGAGUUUAGGGCUUGAUUUUUGUUGUCGCUAGACAUAUCUGUUGGAUUGCUGAUCACCUCCGGACCGUAAUCUCUGUUAGGGCAAAGUAAAGCUCUACUGAGACGUAUGGCGAUGCUCGAUUAAUUUUUUCGUGAAAUGUCACAUGUUCGUUAGCAAGGCGCAUAUUUUUGAACCAAAAACUUAGAUUUUUUUCGAUAACACUAACCCAUUUUUUGUGAUCUUAUAGCCGAAGAAUACACCGAAUAAUCCAAUAUGAGUAACUCGUUCCAUAGAGAACCCUUUUUGCAGCGAGUUACGACUGUUAACCCAGCUUUUUAAACAGCUAGCAUGUCAUUCUUUAGUGAUUCAAUAUUCAAGACUGUUUAUCCUCAUAACGAACUAUGUGUUUGAGUUCUAAACAAAAAUAAAGUUAGUAAUAAAUGCUUUUGUGAAACAAACAAUAAGUUCUCCUCAAGAACCUGUUGGGAAAUACGAUCACCCCGAUAACGAUCUCUGUCUCUAUGAUACCAAGCGUGUAUUUAUAUCAAUUCAUCUUCUCGACGUAAUACCUCAACAUAUGCGUGGGCCAGCUAUGCUCGAAUUAUGGAAAUUUUACCAGUCAAAUAGCUUUUCAUGUGUGAACUUCAAAUUGAACAGACUUUUUUGUGUAAUUAGGCUUGACUAUUCAGUAAACAUUAACGACUGCUGAUAUCGCUAACAAAAAUGGCACUAUGUACCUUUAUCUUAUGCCUUUAACAGUUUUACGCAGACGGGAAGAAAAUUUUCGCGCUGUAUUAAAGCUUUUAAGUAGGUAUAGCGUAGUGUCGUGAUAGUCACAUAACAACUGCGUAAUGAUUAUGAAAUUAAGAUGUUUUUAAAAAUUGCUCAGUUUCACACAAACUGUGUCGUAAUUCAAAAAUCUUAUAUUAUCUUUUGUAACUCACAUAAUUUGAAGUUUCCGCUAGACAUUAAAGCCCACUCAUAAGUUGGGAGUCUACCACUUGCGGCAGAGAUUUCGCGUUAAUUCUUCACUUCAUGCUUCAAUCAGUCUUAGAUUCCAUAGGUAACCUUGCAGUCGAUGCACUUCUCAAGCAAAUGGCGCAAGCGCAGAUAGGUAGGUAACAGAUGGAUACGGGACCUUUUUAUUGUUCACAUUUCUUGGUUUCUACUUCUCUGUUGUUAAGUGUUAAAUAAUCAGCAACUGAACACUUUUUGCUUUACCCAGUUAGUCUGUUGUCACUAAUAUCAAAAGGAGUGCAAUUUCGACAUGGGACAUUUUCAAUGAGAGUGCCUUUCCCAUUGAAAAAAGCCCGGUACAAUAAAAAGAGCAACGCACUGAAAUUUACAAAAAAUAGGCAAAACAUUUCAAAGCGUGCUGGAAAAACAACAUCCUAAAAAAAAACAUCCUAAGAAAAUAUAGCUUAAAGUUUAAAAGAAAGCUUGAAUCAUAAAAAAUAAAAGA